AUGGGCAACUCUAUUACGGUCACAUUUGAUUACUUUUACAUUAAAGGACCCGAGAAAAAAGUGCCAGAAACAUCCAUCGUGCGUUUCAUUCAUUCCUCACCCCAAAUGUCCAAGGCAGAAGCAGAAAAUCACAAGGCAAACGGAAAUAAGCUCUUUGCAGAGAAGCGCUACGAAGAUGCUAUCAAGGAAUAUACAUCAGCAAUCAUUAAAGACUUCUCUGUGGGUGUUUACUAUACCAAUAGAGCCUUGUGCUAUUCCAAGCUGGAGCAAUACGACAAUGUCGUUACAGAUUGCAGAAAAGCCAUUGAAAUCGACCCAACUCUUGUGAAGGCGUACUAUCUGAUUGGACAAGCAUUGACCGAGAAAAAGCAGCACACAGAAGCAUUGAAGAAGUUAAAGACAGGCUAUGAAUUGGCUAUCCAGCAAAAAGUGAAAUAUGUGAAUGAUAUCUUGCAGGCAUUGCUUAUUGCCAGAAAGAGAAAAUGGGAGGAUGAUGAGGCUAUUCGACUCGAGAAGGAAAACGAGCUUUUGUGCUAUGUAAAGGGGUUGAUUGAGCACGAUAGAGCACAACAACUCGCUGCAGUAGAUCCAAACGACGAGGAAGCAAUCGAUACAAUCAAUUACAAUAUUGAUGAACGCCUCUCCAAAGUUCAACAUGUUUUUGUGCAAUCCAAGGAUAAUGCUUCAAGACGAGAGAUUCCCGAUGCUUAUUUAGACAAGAUAUCUUUCAACAUCAUGCACGAUCCUGUCUUUACACCAGAUGGCAUCACAUAUGAAAGACAAUCCUUGUUGGACCAUUUCAAAAGAAACGGCUAUUUCGAUCCCAUUUCAAGAAGACCUUGUACUGAAAAGCAGCUUGUUCCCAAUCUGUCUCUUCGCGAGGCUAUUGAAGACUUUUUGAAAGACAAUGGAUGGGCAGCAGAUUAUUGA